CUUCGAGGUGGAUUGACAUUGCAACGGCCUCUCGACCGCUUGAUGAGCUUCAAGCUCUGGCACUGCUGUAGUUUGUGAGAGAACAUGUUCAGUCAAGCGACAAAGGACAAGCUCUCGCAAUCUGGCUGGACAAGCUGGCUGCCCCAGACCAUCUACACGCAGCUCUUUCUGCUGACGACCCUACUAGAGUCGACCAUCGAUAUAGGCAUAGAGGCAGCCUUGCUCGACACUUUCGAAGGUCUGCACGGUCUCGUGUCAGGCAGCGAUCCCGUCAGCGAGCGAUCAGCUCUGCCGGUCUACUUGAGCAUCUUUGUGCUGGCCCACAUUUUCCAAGUUGCGCUAUCGAUAGAUGCCAUACAGAAUAAGAACACUAUCCAGAUCAUCGGGCUCUGUCUCUUCAAUGCGCUCUUCCUGCUCUACGCUAUCAUACAGAUUCAAGAGAUAAGGCAGGCUUUCACGAGCAUCAACAAGCAACUGAACGUGCUCAUCAACGUCAUACCCAUCGUCAUCUCAGUGACCGAGAUCAUCUUUCUGUCGCUCUCGUGGAAGCUUUACCGCGAAUUCGGCUGGCAAGUCUACAAGCAGAUAGGAGCAGACCGUCGCGUCAAGAAGAUGUUCCUGCAUUACCAAGUCUUCAUCUGCAUCCUCAAAUUCGACUACUUCUUCUUCGUCUGCUUCUCCUUGCAAUUCGUCCUCCUCGUCCUCAACCAAGGCGACAUAGAACGAUGGCUCACUCUCGCAGCUGCGCCACUCACGCUCGCCGUCCUCGUGUCGGCCUAUUAUGCAGUCCGGAAUGAGGUCAGGUGGCUGAUGACGGCUUUCAUCGGCUGGUGUGUCGUUGGUGGAGCCUACUUUACCUUCAAGCUCUAUAGAAUCUAUCAAGGCAAGGCUGGCGCGUAUCACCUCGUCUUCAAAUCCUUGACGGUAUUCUCCGCCUUCUCGCUCGUGUUGCUAUGUGCUACCUUUGCCGUCGCGAUCAUCUGCCUGGGCAACUUUGAUCGCGGAUUGAAGCAGCACAUGACGAGUCGGAAGCCAGUGGCAGACAAGACCGAAUUAGACGGUCGAUUCAAUCAUCUGGGCAGCUCGAUCAGUAUCGGACGUAUGAGCAUCGAUUAG